AUGAUUAACCAAGCUUUGCCACCGGCUUCUCCUCCUAUGUCUCCUAAUGUCUUAGUUCCUAGAGCUCCUGUUGUUCAUUUCUUCAUUUGCGACUAUGGAAAUGCAAAAGUCAAAUCAAUCUCCGACCAUUUUAUUGAAUUACUCGUAUCAAAUGGUGUAAAAGUUUUUACUGAAAGAUAUGCAACUCAUCAAGCAGGAUUUCAAGUAAGAGCCGCCUCAUUAAAUAGUAGUGCCGACUUUUUCUUCCAGAUUCAUUCUAAAACUGCCGGUAGAGGUCAUGUCAGGCUUUAUCUCAGCGGGCAGCCAAAGAGAAUGACUGUUGAAGAAUCAGUGAGAGAUGUAUGGGCCUGGUGGCGUCUUAUGUGCGGCGCGGUAUCUAAUAUUGAAUCGGAAGUAUUAUCGAGCGAAAAGCUUAAAUACGCUCUAAAAGUCUUUGCAAACCUCGAUUCAGAACUUAUCAAUAUUGAUAGCAUUCAAACAGAGAUUCGAAACUCAAUUGCCAAUCAUCUUGUUCCAUUAGAGUUAUUGCAGCAAAUUCAAGCGAUUGAAAAUAUGCUUUCUGACGGAAGACGUAAUGUUCUCACGCAAAAGGUUAUGAGAAUCGAGUGGACAAAUGAGCCAGGUCAACAAUUAACUCGAUGCGUCCAAAUGCCCGUUAUUAGGGGGCUUAGCCAACCUCUUAAAGAUCUCCUUCUUGCCAUAAUAGACCAGACAAUAUCAAAAGUCCAAAAGCUUGAAAAUAUUGUCAGGAAAUAUGGUGUUGCGACUCCACCUCCUCCAGAAACAAUUCUUCCUGUUUCUGACGGCGCUGAAGUUGAAAUUCCAAUAGACGGACAACAACCAGGAUUAUCCUGGGGAACUCUAUUAGAAAGCGUGAAGGAUGAAUCUUACGGAAUGAAUCAUAUUACAUCAUAUGGUGAUUCAUCACACCUUGGAUCUUUUCAACAACCGUUCUUGUUGGAUGAAUUCUAG